CCCAUGUCAAGGUGAGUUUGUUCUAUAAAGAGCUGCAUUUUUGCUAGCAUCAGUCUCUCUCAAAUCCUCAAGAAUGAAGUCCCUGUCCCUGCUUUUCCUGCUGUUGGCAGGUGCAGCCAGUGCUGCUGUCUCACCCCGGGCCGUGUGGGAGCUCCGCAAGAUGAUCAAGUGCACCAUCCCAGGCAGCCAUCCUCUGCUGGACUUUGCUGACUACGGCUGCUACUGUGGUCUGGGAGGCAGUGGGACUCCAGUGGAUGAGCUGGACAGGUGCUGUCAAGUACAUGAUCACUGCUACUCACAGGCAAUGAAAUUAGACUCAUGCAAACACAUCUGGGACAGCCCCUACACAGAGGUGUACAAAUUCAGCUGCUCCAAGGGGGAGAUUACCUGUCACAGCAAAAACGACGAGUGCGAGAUGUUCGUCUGCAACUGCGACCGCGCCGCUGCCAUGUGCUUCGCCAAGGCGCCCUACAAUCCCGAGUACAAGAAGCUGGACACCCAUAAAUACUGCAGAUAGCCCCCCCACGCCUGUCACUAAUAAACGCCUUGUCUCACCGGC